AACUGCUCCUCUCUCUUUCUCUCUUGCUCUUGCUUUCUCUUUCUCUGUCUCUCUCCCCCACCCCUAAACCAAGCACAGGGAUAGUUGUCUUAUUAUUAAUGACUUAAAAUGAUGCUUUUGAACAAGAAGAUGCUGGGUACUUUUGGUGAUGAGUACCAUCCCCACUUUUUUUCUUUUACAUCCCUGAGCUAUUAUUUACUAAUACAUUCUUUUAUUCCUAUUUCUACUAAUGCUGAAUGUUACUUGGGUGGAAAGCGGAUUUGCCUUCUUUUGAAGGUCCUUAAACCGUUUGCUAAGAUUUCUGUCUGAGAGUUCCCACAGCCAGGGUUCUAGGAGAGUUUGGCAUAUCUGAACAGCUGAACCACGAAAUAACGGAGUAGGUCCGGCUGGGCCUGCCAGCCUUUAGGUGCUGUGCUGUCCUGAGACCUGGGCCAUGCCCGUGGGUGAGGAAAGCCCCUGAAGCUCUCCUGCAGGAAGAAGCAUGCAGAGCACCCCUGGAAGAGGCAUGGGCCCUGGGCUGUCCCCUGUGGACAGGCGGACGCUCCUGGUCUGCAGCUUUAUCCUGGCAGCAGCUUUGGGCCAAAUGAAUUUCACAGGGGACCAGGUUCUUCGAGUCCUGGCUAAAAACGAGAAGCAGCUUUCACUUCUCAGGGACCUGGAGGGCCUGAAGCCCCAGAAGGUGGACUUCUGGCGUGGCCCAGCCAGACCCAGCCUUCCCGUGGACAUGAGAGUUCCUUUCUCUGAACUGAAAGAUGUCAAAGCUUACCUGGAGUCUCAUGGUCUUGCUUACAGCAUCAUGAUAAAGGACAUCCAGGUGCUGCUGGAUCAGGAGAGAGAAGCCAUGGCGAAGUCCCGCCGGCUGGAGCGCAGCACGAGUAGCUUCAGUUACUCCUCUUACCACACUCUGGAGGAGAUAUAUAGCUGGAUGGACAACUUUGUAACUGAGCAUUCGGAUAUUGUCUCAAAAAUUCAGAUUGGCCACAGCUUUGAAAAUCGGUCCAUUCUUGUCCUAAAGUUCAGCACUGGAGGUUCUCAGCGCCCGGCCAUCUGGAUGGACACUGGAAUUCACUCCCGGGAGUGGAUUACCCAUGCUACCGGCAUCUGGACUGCCAAGAAGAUUGUCAAUGAAUAUGGUAAAGACCACAUCCUGACAAACAUACUGAAGUCCAUGGAUGUCUUUGUGGAGAUCGUCUCCAACCCUGACGGGUUUGCUUUUACCCACAGCAUGAAUCGCUUGUGGCGGAAGAACAAGUGCAACAGACCCGGAGUCUUCUGCAUUGGUGUGGAUCUUAACAGGAACUGGAGGUCAGGCUUUGGAGGAAAUGGUUCUAACGACAAUCCCUGCUCAGAGACUUACCGGGGGCCUUAUCCUCACUCAGAGCCAGAGGUGGCUGCCAUUGUGGACUUCAUCACGGCCCACGGGAACAUCAAGGCUCUGAUCUCCAUCCAUAGCUACUCUCAGAUGCUCAUGUACCCUUAUGGCCACUUGUUGGAGCCUGUUUCAAACCAGGAGGAGUUGUACAACCUCGCCAAGGACGCAGUGCAAGCCCUGUAUGAGGUCCAUGGGAUCAAGUACAUUUAUGGCAGCGUCAGCACCACCCUCUAUGUGGCCAGCGGGAUCACCGUCGACUGGGCCUAUGACAGCGGCAUCAAGUAUGCCUUCAGCUUCGAGCUCCGGGACACCGGGCGCUAUGGUUUCUUGCUGCCAGCCACAGAGAUCAUCCCCACGGCCCAGGAGAUGUGGAUGGCGAUUCGGACCAUCAUGGAGCACACCCUGAAUCACCCCUAUUAGCAACAGGACCAAGGCAGAGCAGGAGGGUUCGUCCUCUUCCCCAAGGCCUGGGGCUCCUCCUAAACCCCAAAUUAUGUACCCUACCCCCCACACCCCUGCCCUCACCCCUUAGAAAAUAAAAGCAAGUUUGAACAGGC